GAUAAAACAAGGCUUGUAUAAGGUGUCACUUUGCCUCACCCUCCAGUGGGAUUCUUUCUUCUCUCAGACCACAUCGAGCUGCAGGGAGAUACAAUCAUGUUGUCAAAGCAGUGGGGACUCAUCAUGACCGUGUGGGUCAUCAGCAUCGUUCAGCCACCGCUGGUUUCUCCAUUUAACCUGGAUACCCAGAAUGUGAUGAAGAAACGUGGAGAGGCAAACACUCUGUUUGGGUUUUCCAUGGCCAUGCAUCACCAGCUCGAGCCUGCUGAGGAGCUUGUCUUGCUGAUUGGAGCCCCUCAUGCAAAAGCAUUACCUGUUCAAAAGGCCAAUAUAUCUGGGGGUCUAUACCGAUGUAAAUUCACCACACAACCUGAUGAUUGUGAACGCAUAGCUGUUGGCAUAGAAGCUCGUCCCAAGGAGAGAGACAGAGAAGACCACAGAGAAAACCAAUGGUUGGGUGUCCGUGUGAAAAGUCAGGGACCAGGCGGCAAAGUAGUGACUUGUGCCCAUAGGUAUCAGGAUUGGAGUUUUGGCAAUCAGCUGGUAUUGGGCAAGUGUUUUGUUCUAAAUCAGGACCUUAAAGUGGAGGAUACAAGGGUAUUUUGUAAAAAUCGACCAGCAGAAAAGCACAUGUUUGGGUACUGUCAACAGGGUCUCUCAGUAGCAUUUGCCAAAGACAACAAUUACCUUGUUUUUGGAGCUCCAGGAGCUUAUGACUGGAAAGGCACAGUGCACAUGGAGCCUGUUGAUGACUUCUCUCUAGAGGACUAUGAAACGGGAGAUCAGAAUCAGUUUCGAGAAGACCUUAUUCCUCUAGGCAUCAGCAGCUAUUUAGGCUUUGCUCUAGAUACUAGUAUGAACUUUAUGAAGAAGGGAGAGCUGAAUGUAGUGGCUGGGGCUCCACGCUCAAACCUCAGUGGUGAGGUUGUUCUGCUAAGGCAGGAUGAAAGAGCAGCGGCAAGAAGCUUGCGAAUAGAACAUAUUCUUCAAGGCCCAGGCUUGGCCUCCUCUUUUGGCUAUGACCUCGCUGUGCUUGACUUAAACGCAGAUGGGUGGGAUGACCUUGUUGUGGGUGCACCACAGUUCUCCAAAACUGACAUGGACAAAGAUAUAGGAGGGGCUGUGUAUGUUUACAUCAACCAAGCAGGUGGACAACAGUGGAACCGAAUCGAGCCAGUGUGUCUCUAUGGGAAAAGAGACUCCAUGUUUGGAAUAGCAGUGGCACAUACCGGAGAUAUCAAUCAGGAUGGAUUCCAAGAUUUUGCGGUGGGCUCUCCCUAUGAUGAUAAGGGAAGAGGUGGAGUGUAUGUGUACCAUGGUUCAUCUUCAGGCUUCCAUCAAAAACCAGAGCAGGUUUUACAUGCUGGGGACCAUGAUAUUAAACUGUUUGGCUAUUCCUUGGCUGGGAACAUGGAUGUGGACAGCAAUGGUUAUCCAGACCUUGCUGUUGGUUCACUUUCAGAUACUGUGCUAGUUUACAGAGCUAAGCCAGUGGUAAGCAUAGAAAAGACCUUAACACUAAUGCCUAAUAAAAUUGAAUUGAAGAAUCACGACUGCAGGAAACAAACAUGCUUAAUUGAAGCUCAGUCCUGCUUCACUUACACUGCCCAACCAGCGGCAUACAAUCCCAAACUAAGGAUCCAGUACCAACUAAAGGCCGAUACAGUGCACAGAGUAAGAGGUCUUCCUUCACGAGUAGUCUUUGUGAAAUCUGAAUCCGCACAGGGAUUCCAUGAUCUCCCAGGCCAGGGCAAGAGACAGUGUGUCCAGACUCAGCUCAGACUACUGGGAGAUAUCCAGGACAAACUGACAAACAUUGCCAUCAGUCUGUCUGUUUCUUUGCCACCCAACAGUCCUAAACAGUCAGUCAGAACCUUUCCUGACUUAGAGCCUGUUCUCAACGCUCUGCAAGAAAACACAACUACAGCAGAGUUCAUCUUUAUGAAUGCUGGCUGUGGACGUGACAACAUCUGCAAGAGUAACCUGCAGCUCCAGUAUAAAUUCUGCACCAAAGACCCACAACAAGACAAGUGCUACCCACUAAACGUGGAAAAUGGUGUGCCUCUCAUCUCUCCCGGGGAUGAGAAUGUUGCCCUGGAGGUCACUGUAACCAACAAAGGCGGAGAUGAUGCACAUCAUAGUCAACUCUCUGUGCAGUUUCCAGAAUUUCUGCCCUUAUCAUCAGUUGUGCUGAAGAAGAACAGUACGCAGGAAACACAGGUGCAUUGCAACCCCAAUGAUAUCAAAACAUCGGCUGAUUGCCAACUUGAAAAUCCUUUUAAAAGUGACUCAGAGGUGUCAUUCUUUCUGAUACUAAACACAGACAAGCUUUCCAUGAAAGUUACACGUGCUAAUGUGACUAUGUCUCUUAAAACGAUCAGUGAUCAGAGUGAUGCAACAAUUGUUGCAGAAGCAAAAAUUAUCUUUGAAAUGCAACUGCAAGUCUCUGGUGUUGCUAAACCUUCCCAACUGUUUUUUGGAGUAGAAGUGACUGAGGAGAAAGCUAUGAAAUCAGAGGACGAUAUUGGCUCUUUGGUCCAGUAUGAGUUCAGGAUUAGUAACAUUGGUCGGCCUCUGAAGUCCUUCACUUCUGCUAUCCUGAACAUCCAGUGGCCAAAAGCAACCAAGGAAGGGAAAAGGCUCCUGUACCUCAUGCAGGUCACUGGUCAAGGACAAAGGAUUAUUCACUGCACACCUUCAGAUGCGAUCAACUCACUCCGAUAUAUCAAAGUGUCGUCCAGAGGACGGCGUGAAAUACAGCGUGAAUCAGAUCUGGAGGGUCUUAGCUCUGAUGGUGGAUUUCUUUCUUUUUUUGGAAACAAAAGAAAGUACAAGACCUUGACGUGUGCUGAUGACUUAACAUGUGUGGAGAUCAAGUGCCCUCUUCAGGCAGUGGACAGUACUGCAGUUAUUGUUCUACAUGGCCGUUUAUGGAACAGUACUUUUCUUGAGAAGUAUAGCUCAUUGAACUAUCUGGAUAUUGUACUGGAUGCGUCUCUGAGCCUUAAUGGGACUCAGGAGAAUAUUGGGAUCCAGCCAUCGGAAACUAAGGUGAGACUAACGGUUUUUCCUGAGAGGAAGCCUGCUUUGUUCAGCCGAGUCCCAUGGUGGGUCAUUCUACUCAGUGUACUGACUGCUCUGCUCUUACUAGCUUUGCUCUCCUACCUUUUCUGGAAGCUUGAAUGCUUCAAGUGUGGAAUGUGUGCUAAAAAGAAGAAUGUAUAUUAAUACAUCAACAGAUAGAAAAACCCUACAGAGAAGUAUCUUCACAGAAAAGGCCAAAACACUUGCAUGAUUCUGUGGGGGUUUCUGCACAGGUCAAUUACAG